GUUGUUCUCGUCGCCGUCGCCGUCGCCGUCGUUGUCGCCGUCGCCGUCGCCGUCGCCGUCGCCGUCGCCUUCGUCGUUGCCGUCGUUGUCGUUGUCGUCGUCGUGGGCACGCGCGCGUUCCAAGGGCCCGAAGCCUCCCGUGACCUCGGUGGCCGAGACCGACGCGCCCGCCUCGCCGGCGUUGUCGCCCGCGACCUUGGCCCCGGGUGGCGUGGCUCUGCCAGGCCUCAUUUCCCCCGAGGAGUCGGACGACGAGCAGGGCGACGGCAGGGCCGGGGAGGCCCUGGCGCAGGCCCGCACCGACAAGGGCGACGACAAGCAAGCGUCGAAGCGGAUGCCGAGCAACGGGUCGGCCGUCCCCUCCGGUCUCGAGCUCGAGAUUCCGGCGAUCAGCGAGGCGCCGUCCGAUCGCGUGCGGUUUGAGAUGCUCCACAUCUACGAGGACCACGGCGGGGCGUUGGCCAAGCAGACGCAGGUCGUGUCGGAGCUCACCGGGUCGCAGUACCGCACCCCAAGG